AUGGCGCUGCGUGCGGUGCUGACUUUGGCCCUCCCGGCGGCGUUGGCCGGCCCUCUCUACCCGGCAUGCUACACCGCUUGCAUGGCGACCUGUCUGUCGGGGGUAGCAGCUGCUGUCGUUGUGCCGCCUGCAGGUUUGGCAGGCGCUGCCGGCUGUGCGUCGGUCUGCGCAACCCUUUGUGCUCCUUCCUGCUUCGCCGACGACACUACACUGCAGCUGGCCGAGUUGCCCCGAGGCAGUUCGGCUGUGAAGAUCGGAGAAGUGCAGACCGGGAAGAGGGUGUGGACUCUGCAGAACGGCCAGCCCAUGCCAGCUCUAGUGGUGGAGAACCGCAGCUUUGGCUUUGUGGAACUGGCGGUCGUCAGUGAGGGCAUGGAAGUGAACAUCACGAUCACCGAGGAUCACAACAUGCCCCGGCUGAGGCGCCCGCAUCCCUCCGCCAGCUUCUCUGAAGAAGACUUGGAAGUUGUGCUUGCCAAGGAGUUGAUGUUGGGAGACAUGAUGGCCAUCCACACGCCAGGCGGAGUGAGCCUGGGCGUCCUUGCUGGACUACGCUUGGUGCAGAAGGGCGUCAAGCACGUCCUGUCCACUGCCACUGGCAGCGUGUUGGCCAACGGCGUGCUGAGCAGCACGAUUUGCGACGGCCAUGAGAAGGUCUACAAUCGCUCCAGCUGGUCCAUGACGCUUCAGCAAUGGUGGGCAAUGCAUGCCGAGCGCUUCGCGCUUUGA